ACAUUUCAGACUCUAGUGUCUCCAGUGCAAUCCGCGAACAAGAUGGCAUCCAGCCUGGAUGUAGACAGAUUUUUCAAAGGUGAGACUGUGCUAGUGUGGUAUGGUGAUUAUUUGUAGUCAUAUUCAUAAAUGCCGUUUGUUUUAAAACAUUCACUGUAAACAUGACAUGACACUUCUACAGGGUUAUGACAGUGGAAUCAUAACGUGGUAAUUUAAGUGGCAAAAAGACACGCUUUUAUUUACACUAGAUUAGAUUCUGGUGAAAUGUCAGAAGUUGAGGUAAAUGAUCGUUUUUUCGUCUCCGUAUUUUGUGAUAGUCCAAUCAGAAAUUUUUGCUUGUGAAUGUCUGUUUUUUUAUUGUCAAAUAUUCAGGUGAACAUUUAAUUACGACCUUCAUGGAUCGGGAUGGUUUUGAGUUGAGAGAAGUUUUUAAUAGAAAAUGCUGUCAGGGUUGUUGUUGUUGUUGUCAUAAUUGUUGUCAUAGUUGUUGUAGUGUUUAUUGUCGUAGUUGUCGACGUUGUUGGGGUCACAGUUGUCGUAGCUGUUGUUGUCAUAGUUUUUAUUGUCAUAAUUGUCGUAGCUUUUGUUGUCAUAAUUGUCGUAGUUUUUGUUGUCAUAGUUGUCGUAGUUUUUGUUGUCAUAAUUGUCGUAGUUUUUGUUGUCGUAGUUGUUGUUGUCGUAGUUGUUGUUGUCGUAGUUGUUGUUGUCGUAGUUGUUGUUGUCGUAGUUGUUGUUGUCGUAGUUGUUAUUGUCGCCGUUGUACUAGUUCUUGUUGUCGUAGUUCUUGUUGUCGUGGCUGUACUAGUUUUUUGUUGUCGUAGUUGUCGUAGAUGGUGUUGUCUCAGUUGUUGUUGUCGCAGUUGGGGUUGUCGUAGUUGUUGAAGCAGUCGUCGUUGUUGUUAAAAUGUGAGAUAAUAUACAAACAUUUCGUUUGUUGCACCAAACCAACCCAAACGACGUCGCUAUAAAAGACCCCGAUUUUUACACGAUGAUCAGAUUGCCAAUAAAUAUGUGACACCGUCGUAAUGUAAUUAAGUACAAUCAAUCUCGAUUGAUUCCCUCUAGCACAGUGUGACCGACAAGGUGGAGGGAACUCUAAUGAUCUGCCUUCUUUACGUGGUUAUAUUUCUUCUGGUCAUGCUUCAAUAAGUUAUGAACAACAUUUUAAAAGUCUUACACGAACACCACUUUGUAUGACCGAUCAAUACGCCGACAAUCAUUUAAUUCAGCGCCUCUCAACCUGUUGGGUCACGACCCCCACCAUGUGAGUGGAACAACCUUUACACAGGGGAUUCCUGUGUCCAUCAAAAAACACAUUUCUAAAGUAGCAACGAAAAUAAUUUUUUUAUGGUUUGGGGGCUAUCACAACAUGAGUAACUGUAUUAAAGGGUCGCGUCAUUAGAAAGGUUGAGAACCUCUGAUUUAAUUGAUCAGGCUUUAAAGAUUUCAAUUUACGUAAUUCAGUUGUUAAAUUGUACUGUCGGCCUAUCACUCAAAAGUGAAUAGGGCGUGUAUUCGUCUAAUGUUUGAAAAUUGGCAAGUACUCGAAUACGACCGCCGCACCUUCCCGAGUUGAGAGGACGAAAUGGAUUGAAAAUGGAACGCCAUCUGUUUUCAAACGCAUUCAAAUAAAUGUGAAAUCAUGAUGAUUGAUCACCCUGAAGAAAAAGCCAGUGAUAUUAAGAUUUACUCUUUUUUAUUUGUAAUAGAAUUACGCUAGGACGUUUUCGUGACAAUAAUAAUUAAUUUGCCAUUUUAAAAGAGACCAUUAUUGUUAAUUUGUUUUUUUUUAAACCUUUGUUUACUCAGGCAAGACUGAAGUCAAUGAAUCCUGGGAGUACUGUCCAAGCCUUGAUACCAGAUCAUGUGAGAAGAACCCCGGCCAUUUGAACUUCGUUCCCGUGCACGACAUCAGCGUCCGCCAUCUUCCCGAGACGUGCCGUGACCCGGAGAUCAUCGAAACCAUCCACGCCAUAGCGGCGCUGACAGUCAAGGUGACCGUCACCGACGUCAGUGAGCACCGACCCACGGCCCUCAACACCGUCGGGAAUCGCGAUCCUUCGACGGGAUCAGGAGGCGUCCGGUUGCCAGGGGUAACGGGGAGCGGACGCGUGUGCUACGUGUCGCGCUGCGGGGACUUCACCGAGGACACCUGCCCUUGCCGGACGUGCAAGAGCUCCGCGACGCCCAGCAAGGCAUGGGGCGAGAUGCUGGUGUACACCGCCAGGCAUCUCGUGUUUGACGACCUGGAAGCCAGCCACGCAACCUUCCGACUUUUCUUCGACACGCCCGACAGCCCCUCCGUCACGCUCGACGGCUUAGGGAAAUGGCAGGCCGGCGAGGUCGAGGACGACAUGUGCAAGGUGAAGUGUGUGACCUGCGACAUGGAGGUCGUGAGGAACCUGGACGACAGGCUGAAUCACUUCCGCACGCUUUACGCGCGGAUCCAGGACAAGUAUAAGGCGACCAGGAAUGUCCACAGGCUGGCGGUGAUAGUGUCCCACCCACACGGGUGCAGCAAGCAGGUGUCCGUGGGGAGGUGGGUCACGAAGCGUGGGGUGCGACAGAACGACAGCAGGUACGCGUACACAACGUGUACGUGCCCGGGGUGCAGUGGGGCAUUUGUGUUCAUACUGGGCAACGAUGGGCGCUUGCUGUACAACCACGUGCACAGCGGGUGCAGUGACGAUGCCAUGACGGGCUACAGUGGCGUAGGGGCAGACUACUCGGCCAAUGAUAAAAUAGAGGCCCUUGAAACGUCAGAGGUUAUCGAAGAGAUGCCUGAAAGAAUCAGAUAGAGUCAAAAUUAAAGAGCCAAAAUGUAAAAAAAAUAUUGGACCAAUUUAUAACUUUUUUUUUGUUCUUGGUGUGUUGUGGUGAACAAAAAAAACACAAAAACCUCUGAAACGUACAUCAUGAAAUAAGUCAAUGCUGUAAAGCUCACAAUUUACAGGGUGCAUGCUAUGAACUCUAAGCUUGCAGGGAUGUAUGUUUUCAAUUCUAGGCUUGGAUGGAUGUAUGUUAUCAACUCUAGGCUUGGAUGGAUGUAUGUUAUCAACUGUAGGCUUGGACUGAUGUAUGUUAUCAUCUAGAUGGUCCAUUGCUCUCAUUGGUCUUUGAAAAAACCCUAUUGUUUUUACCUUGAAAUGUACUAUACAUUAUUCUUCUUUGGCUCGCCAAGAUGACAAAGGCAACUUCGACGUGGUAGAUAGCCUUGACUUGAACUGCGUUGUUUUAAAGUGAGGGAGAGUUGCUCAACCGUUACCUGUUUGAUCCAAUGGCAAGACGCUGGAAAUAAUCCUGGACGCGGUAGAUGUCAUACCGCCUACGGGACUCUAGCUCCGGGUUUGAUUUCAGAGUUUGCCUUCUGCUAGAUGCGUCACCAUGCAAGGUUAUUGCGUCCCACUCAUCUUGGUGCUCGUGAUGUUUUUUUUUCUUUUUGCUGGGGAUUGAACUCGAGCCCACGAGCUUGGGAUUGGCUCAGCUUAGGCCACCCGGCCAUGAAGAUGGGCAAUAUUCAUUUACACUGAUAGUAAAAAUUAUAUAGCAUAACGCAUACUAUUGGAUGGCUGACUAACUGAUUUUUUUUGGAAGACCUAAGAGCUUUAUCCGGAAACAGUAAACAAAAAGGAGCCUUAAGAUGUGUGCGUGUGUUUAUAAUAUUUUGUGUUACAAAAUUUUUAUUCACACCCCCACGUUAUAGUGUAGAUGUGGAAUGUGGAGUUUGUGAGUUAACUUCAGUGAAACACAACUCAAGAGUGUUGAUGGGCGCCUUAAGCGUUUGGCGACCCUGGCAACUCCCCGAGUUGUCGGCACCUUGAGCCUUUCCCUGAUUAAAACACAAAUCCAGCCCCUAGUAGGACACACAUUCCCCCCCCCCAAAGGGGUCGCUACGCACAGGUAGAGAACCGCUGCUUUCAGUUAAUACAGCAACAACACUGCAAGCUUUACCCUAGUAGGACACACAUUCCCCCCCCCCCUCUCUCUCAAAAAUCGAUGAUAUUGAAAGCUAUCAAUAGAUUGUGUUAACGUUUGUUGCCAUUGUGUUUUACAGGAGACUGCUCGAGAACGAUUGGGUGAAAUGUGAGAAUCUUAUUUCUAUGUUUAUGGCUUCAUGACAAUAGGUCUCUACUUUGAUGAUUCCGCUUUCUUCAAUGUAGAGAACUUUGCUAUCUGUUUAUGUAUUACGGCAUGUAAAUAGUAUUUACAGCAUAUACAAAGUCGUAUUUACAGCAUACACAUAGUAUUUACAGAAUAUACGAUGUAUUUCCAGCAUACACAUAGUAUUUUACAGCAAAUACAUUAUAUCUACAGCACAACAUAGUGUUUAAAUCAAAUAAAUGAUAUUUACAGCAAGUACAUAGUAUUUAAAGCAUAUACACUGCAUUUACCGCAUAAACAUAGUAUUUACAGCAUAUACAUUGUACUUACACCACAUGCAUAGUAUUUAAAGCAUAUUCUUAAUACUUACAGUAUACACAUAUUAUUUACAGCAUAUUUAUAGUAUUUUCAACAUAUACAUAGUAUUAACAACACACUCACGCUUGAUUAUUUAUUGGUAGGCUGUCGCAAUAUUGUGUGUAGUCUAUGUAGUAGAAAUGCUCUUAACAUUUUAAUCUCACACAUGUUGGCAAUAGUUUACUGUGACCUGAGUUGUGUUUCUUACUGAUAUUAACAUAAAUUGCUGUAAUAAAAAAAACCUACCCC